GCACACAUGGUUCAUCCACACAAAAAACAAAACGUGACAUUCGGCAUCAUCUGAUCUUGAGCGUUGUUCUUCAAGUUCAUCAAGCUUCUUGGCGCUGGCAGUGACUCUACGGGCUGAUUCAAGUUUUUCUCUCGCCUUUGGUCAACUGCAAAAUUGAAAAUGGUGGACGUGCCUGCAGCAAUGGACCGGCAUUUGGAAGUGAUCCGGUGUCGAUCAGAUGGGUCCCUGAUCAUGGGCGCCUCGCGGCUGACCGGACGGUACUGGACGGGGUCGCUCUGGCACUUCCAGGAUCCGAGCGUCGCCCCCCACGUGGAGCAGUGCACGGCGGGGGUGCAGACAGAAGCCGGAAUAGCCGACCUGCAGCUCAUUAACGAUAACCAACUAAUCGUAGCCUCAGAUUCAGGAGCUAUUGAGAUGUGGCAGCUGUCUGAGGAGGGGGAGUCCUUCCAGACGUUGUGGUACAGCUACGCACACGACAGCACGGUGCACACCGUCAGCACGGCACCUGACGCCAAUGCAGCCGUAUCAGGUGGCGCAGAUGCAACUAUCAAGAUCUGGGACUUGGAGACAAAGUUGGCAAUGAAAACACUGAAAGCCCACACAGACACUAUCUGGUGCAUCUCCUGUAGCCCCAUGGACAAACAUGUCUUCCUGUCUUGUGCACAGGAUGGUCGAGCGCUAAUGUGGGACACAAGGAAGGAAAAGGCUGCAUGUAGUUUGGGUAAAGGUGUUAUUGGAGGUGUUCCCACAUGUAUCACCUGGAGUGCCAACAGACAGACUGACAUCACGAUAGGUUGUGAGACGGGCGAGGUGUUGAUGUUGGAACUGAGAAACCAGUCACAGCCGGUUCACAGAUGGCGGCCACACACCCGGACUGUCCACCGGCUGGCGUACUGUCCGCAAGAACCAAGCUGGCUAGCAACAGUGUCAGAUGACUGUGAUGUGGUGGUGACCAGUCUACAGACAGACCCCAACAUUGUUUACCAGAACAGUGACCACCAGGACAUGGUGAGAGGAGUGUCCUGGAGCCCAGCUGGUCAGCAGCUCCACUCAUGUGGCUGGGACACUAAGGUUCUCCAUCACAAGUUAGACGGGUUUGACCGCCCCAGCCCCACACAGCAGAUGGACUGUAACUUACUCAACGGGGAAACAGCCAACAGGAAAACUCAACACUGACAGGAACUUAGCAGUUGUCCUAUCUGGAGCUGACUCAUAAAUAAUCCAUA